CAACAUUCUCAAGAGCACAAGUUAGCUAGAGAGAAUUGAGAUGGCCAUGGAGCAAGUUCUUCAUAUGGCUGGGGGCAGUGGAGAAACCAGUUAUGCUGCUAAUUCUAAGUUCCAAGAAAAGUCACUUCGCAUGAUAAUGCCCAUGAUGGACCUUGCAAUAGAAGAAGUUUGCAAGUCGUUGCCAACGGAGAGGUCGAUGGUGGUGGUGGACCUGGGCUGCUCCACUGGUUCCAACACAUUCUUAGUCGUCUCCGAGGUGCUUAAAGUCGUCGGAAAUGCGGUUGCCGUUAGGAACACGACCAAUGAUCCUUUACCUUUAGAGAUCCAAUUCUACCUGAAUGACCUCCCGGGGAACGAUUUCAAUCAAGUCUUCCGAUCUCUGGAUCAGUUCAAGCAACAAGUAAAGGAGCAAAUGAUCAGUUCGUUAGUACCCUACUACUAUAUUGCUGGAUUGCCUGGGACUUUUCAUGGAAGACUUCUUCCUCAUCAAAGUGUUCACUUUUUCAACUCUUCUAUGAGUGUCCAAUUUCUCUCUCAAAUGCCUCAAGGAAUUGAAGGCAUGAACAAGAAGAACAUUUACAUAGCCAAGUCGAGCCCACCGCAAGUCUUGAAAGUGUAUCAAGAACAGUUUCAGAGAGACUUCUCCUGCUUCCUCGAGUGUCGCCAUGCAGAACUAGACGGCCGAGCCGGAAGAAUGUUGCUAUCGCUGCCGGGGAGGAAAAACCAUGGCCAACCCUACCAAGGAUUCGCUUUUCUUUUCCAACUACUAGCCCAAGCACUAUAUGACUUGGUGCUCGAGGGAAAAAUAGCAGAGGAAAAACUGGACAAUUUCAACAUGCCAUUUUACUGUCCUUCCAUGGAAGAAAUGGCGAAGAUGAUCGAGUCACAAGGUCUCUUUGUCGUAGAACGAGCAGAGACGUUCGAGAUGAACUGGGACCCAGCCGAUGAGUCUUCGGAUGAUGAUCAGUUGGAUUUUGACGACGCGGCGCGGAGUGGGAAGAAUAUCGCAAAGUACGUACGCGCAGGGUUCGCGGGGCUGCUCGCGCGACAGUUCGGGGAAGAAGUGAUCGACGAGGCCUUCUCUAGAUACGCAGCCAAUAUUUCAAAGCACCUUCUCAGAGAGAAAACCAAACAUUUUAUUUUGUUCAUCUUGCUCAAGAAAAGGGGGGUUUGAAAUUAAGGUAUCGGAUAUACCUUAAUAAUUACUUUAAUAAAUAAAUAAAUUAGAAUUUAAUUCUCAGUAAAAAUGAAUAUUUUAAAGAUAUGUUAUGAAGUGUGCAUUAAAUUUAACUCUGCGUGUAACAAGAAAAUAAUGGCUAUGCACUACAGAAGUCUAACGGCUCAGU